GUGAAGUGACUGGUAGACGCUUCACUGCUCUCACACACUGUGUUACAUUAGUUAAUUAAACACGUUUCAUGUUCAAUAUAAAUAAUUGAUCAACAUGUAUGAUCGAGCUCCCAGGGUCACACAUUUAACAUUAAGCAGCACCACGUCUGAAAUUGGACCAGGAUCUUAUAAUAUCAGCAGGUCUCUCAGCGACAAAAACAAUUCGUAUGCCCCCUUCCUCUCGCUGUCCAUUAGAGAGACCGGGUUUCUGGGGUCGGGCAGUGCUCUCCUCUCUCCUGGACCAGGACAGUAUAACAGUGGCAUUACCAGGAAUCAUGUUUUGGGAGGAAGCAGUCUUCAGAAUCGUUCCAAGAGGUUUGAUGACGUGGGGUCAGAUGUGCCAGGGCCGGGAGCGUACAAUGUCACGAACAAUGUGUCUCCUUCAGAGAACAGAACAACCAAUCCAGAGAAGAGUCCUAAGACCGUCUAUAAAGUGACGAAGAUGCUGCUGAAUCCUGAUGCUCCAUCCAUCCCGUCUCCCGCGCAGGCGUUGGGAUAUGAAGAGGAUGCUCAAGGUGUCCUACACAGACACAAACCCCCCACCAGAGACCAGACCCUCGGCCCGGCCUUCUACAACCCCUUACCGGAGGAGCUGUCAUCCUUUCAGAAGUAUAAAGGUGUGCAGUUUGGGAAGAUGUCAGGCCGGAGAGAGAAGGUAAAGGGCGAAGACGUACCUGGACCAGGACAGUAUGAACUACAGGAUGAUCACACUGUCCACUAUGAGAAUGUGAAUCUCACGCGAGAGCAGAAAGGCCGUUCAGAGCUGGUCGUCCCUCGAUACCACGAGCUGGUGACUCUGCAGGAGGAGAAGAAGGGUGUCCCAGGUCCAGGGCAUUACCACAUAAAGAGUCAGUUUGAGACGCCCAGUAAACCACAUGGUCCUGUGUUGAGCCCAGCCUUCCUGUCUAAAGCUCAGCGGUUCAGUCCGGUCAAGGAUGAAACGCCCCCUGUAGGAGCGUACGAAGACCCGCGCUGUGCUCUGGAGAUCCUGAAGAAAGACAGAAGGGUGAAGAAGAAUCCUUUUGGACUGACAGCUGCACGCUUCCUGCCAGAAAACAGAUCGAAAGCUACGCCAGGUCCCGGUGCCUAUAACGUGUUUGAUUAUGGCCUGGCUCAGGAGAGUUUGAAGAAAGCCUGUCUGAGGAGCAGAAGGAAGGGCGCCUUUGGCUCUGUUGCACCACGCCGCCCUUUUCUCCCCAGCAAAGAGGAAAUGAGCACCCCGGGGCCGGCUCAGUACAAGGUGGAGAAGACAAAUGAAGCAUUAUAUAAGAAACAGAGUACAGCUGCUUUUAAAUCUGCCACUGAAAGACUUGUGGGUUCACUGUUCGCCAAAGAGACUCCUCCGCCAGGCUCAUAUAACGUGAGCGAAUCUUUCGAGAAGACCCACGGUCUCCAUCACUACAGCAAGCCACGGAGUGAGAAAGCACGCAAGCGACAGAGCUGUUUUCUGUCUGCCGCCCCCAGAGACCCUGCCUUCCUACAAUACGACCCUGAUACACCAGGUCCUGCUCAUUACAGUCCAGAUGUUAAGUCUGACCCUCAACUUGCGCUGAUGGUCUCAAAAGAAGACCGCUUUAAAAGCCCUAAAGACAUGACACCUGGACCCACAGCAUAUGAGUUGAGUCCAGUCAUCAUGGACACCGUUCUGAAAGGCACCUUCAAUGUGACGCUCCAUGAUCCUUUGGUGUCCAGCACAAGAUCUUUAUCUUCACGCAAGUCUUUGAGAAAACCCCCUGCCCACAGCAGUGCCUAACUCAGGUCAAAGGUCACACACUUUCAAAAAGACCUUGGCUAAGCCUCUCCUAUUAAACACAUGCUUCCCAGGAGUUCCUGACACACACACACACACACACACGCCUCUUUAUGGGUGAUAUAUUUCCUCAUUGCUCACAGAGAAUAAAUCAGGAUUCUUUAAUGGGUUUGAUGUUUCAGGGUUUUUGUGCAUCAUAAAUUCUCAGCCCUGCCCACAAUAACACAACGCUAAUGUAGAGAGAUUUGUAGAGAGAUCGUACACACACUCACACACACAACAUCUUGAUAUCGUUAUACACACCCUUUUAAUCUAAUUAAGCAUUUACACACUCUCAUUAUUCAGCAAAGAGAGGGAGGUCGAGCGAGAGACGUCGAAGAGGAGAGCGAACGGAAGAAAGAGAGGUUUUAGCUCUUUAUUGAACUGACUUGUUUUACAUUUGCAAGCUAAUUGAAUCAGAUAAAUCACUGUGGCAGCUCUCUCGCCACGCGUGUGUGUUUGUCUCGUGGAGUUUACGGAUGUUAGUGCGUUUUAAAGUCAAAAUUUAACCCAUGAUUUACUUCCUGGUCUUACGAUUCAUCUGUGCACAUGACUCCAGAGAACAAAAGGCUGUUUAUAUUUUUAUGUAAUCGUCAAAUUUUAUAAUCCUUACUGUGAGCUACAAGGUCAUUAAUUUAUGGUAUAUGCUUUAGUUGAAGCCAUCCAUUACACUGUAAAAAAUAUUGAUGGUUUAACUUAAAAAAGUAAGUAACCUGGU